AUGGGCUCUUUUAGAACGUUAGAAAUGACAGCUAUACAAAACAUAUCAAAGGCAGUGUUUGUGGGGCUGUGUCGUAAACUUGGCACCUCACAAAUUGUGGCCAUGAGGAGAGAUAUGAUGGACAUCAAUGAGAUAGUGGAAAAUCAAGUGACAACAAGUGAUGAGUGCAGUAUUAUGGUAAGUGUAAGUUACAGAGAAGGAUUCAGACUGAAAGAAUCAGAUAUAGACUUUAUGUUCUGGCCAAAUAAUACCCGUGUGAUCUGGGAAUUAUCUCAGACUCAGUAUUACAACACACACAGACAAACACUGAUCCUCGGUGACUGUUCCGAUAGUCCACCAGGAUUCACUUUAUUAUAUUUACUGUCACCUACCAUGGACAAAGAUAUUCAGAGAGCUUGUGUAAGAAUAAAUAACAUACAUUAUAUAUCUAGUUCUAAGUAUAGACAGAUGAUCUGUGCUGCUUCAAUAAAUCAGUCAAUUCAACAUGGACCCUGUGCCAGUGGAACAAUUGGAACAACAGAAUUUGAUAAUGCCCCAUGUUUUGUUAGUGACUUUUGGCCUCCAACUGCCUCCUCUUGGAUAGACAGAUGCCACUCGUGGCCCCAGACUCAUGUUGUUGAUGAUAUUGUUAAAAAUGGAUGUCACUUUGUGGCAAUAGGACAUAAGCUAGGAAGACAUGAAGACCAUGAAUGGAGAAUUUCUUUCUCUCUGGCAGAACAGAAACUAGCAUUUUCAAUGAAUCACUGCCAGUUUUUGACUUAUGGCUUACUGAAAUUGUUUAUAACAGAUAUGGUAAACAAUGGAGUAAGUGAGGAUAAUAAAUUACUGUGUUCCUAUCACAUGAAGACCGCAGUUUUCUGGGCGAUUCAACAAAAUACAAUACCUCAAUGGUGUCCACAAAAUCUCCUUGGGUGUUUCUGGGUCUGUUUUAAACUCAUUCUCAAAUGGGUGUAUGAGGGGGUCUGUCCUAACUUUUUUAUUCCAGAAAAUAACAUGUUUCUUAGUAAAAUUCAUGGCGACAAACAACAUCAAGUAUUUAUUAGAUUGUAUGGGUUGUAUGAGAAGGGUUUAGCAUUCCUGCUACAAUGCCCCAGCUUUAGGACUUAUAUUUUUAAUUUCCUUCAUAAUCUUAGACUCUCCAUCUGUACAGAUGAACAUACCCUGAUUUCUGAGGUUGAUUUUGAUGAAAAUCUAUAUGAUGAAAUACUACGAAUUGACACAAUACGGAAACUGGACAUACAAAGAUGUAUGAAAUAUCUACAAACAAUAGAACAGAUGAUAAACUUACACCUCCUGACACAGUAUCAAGCCAUAAUGCUACAGAAACUUACAGCUGAUGUCCUUCAGCAAACUGCAUUUAUAUUAUACAUGGAAACUUACACACAUUUAAACAAACUGAGUUAUAGAGUUGACAAAAUGUUCUGUUAUAUGCUGAAAUUGGCAUCCAAGUUUGGUUGUAUAACUGACAUGAUGUACAGAGCCAUGUAUUAUUACAAGACACUUAGAUACACGGAAGCUUUAUCUAUCAUAGAGAAGGUCGUCAAGUUAGCACAGCCGUAUGUGAUGUAUUGGUAUAAUGAAGAUACAGAGAUGUAUAUUGAGGCUGUAGGGGGACAGUCCUGGUCUACAAAGAUGAGACAGGCUGUAGCAUGGAUUAUCUUACUUAACAACAAAAUCCAUUAUAUCAGUGAAUUGUUACUAGAACAACAGUCUGCUAUGGAGAAUGGCUGGUCUUUUUUAUGUAUACCAUCAUUUGUACUAUUAUACAUGCUAGAGAUUUUGUGCUACAGACAUAUAGACACAAUAAGAGCACAAACUGCUCUAGAUGAUCUACAAGCUCUAGUUCACUAUGAUCAGGGACAUUUUAUACCUUUACUUCUCAGAGACAUAUCGUGGCAGAUUCUGGGGAUCUGUCAACAGGUGACAGGGAACCUCCAGGCUGCUCUAUACUCAUACCAACAAUCUCUCAGGCAAGAACCAAUGCAAAAUAUACAAACAGCUACACAAAUGAGAAUACAGGAAAUUGGUCAAUGGAAUUCCACAGAUAUUUAAACGAAAUAUGUCUUCAAAUCAAGGAGUCAUUAAA